AUGGCAGAAACACGGUGGCCGUGGACCGUCAGGCACGAUACCGACAUCGACUCUGCCUAUGAAGAUGAAGAGGAGCGAUCCGACUAUACUGCUUCUCUGUCAUCCUCUGUUCUCAACUUCCGCCAAGAGAAUAGCAGACAGUAUCAUAGCGAUGACCGCUACGACGACGACGAAUGCGACCGUCUCGACAUGCUCCAUGAACUGUUCUUGGUAAUGACAGAAGAAAAACUGUUUCUCGCGCCGAUUGGACCCUCCCCGCAGCGGGUUCUGGAUCUGUGUACGGGGACAGGUAUCUGGGCGAGUGACUUUUUUGAUCAAUUCCCUUCUGUGGAGGUCAUCGGUAACGAUCUGAGCCUGAAGAUGUCUCAGCCAGAUGAGGGAUACUCAGACGAAUAUGCCAUUAUCCGACCACCCAACCUGAAGUUUAUCGUCGAAGAUGUCGAGGAGGAAUGGCAAUAUGAAAGCAAUCAUUUCGACUUUAUCCAUGCCCGAGGAUUGCUCUUCUCGAUCAGAAACAUGGAGAGACUGAUUCAGCAAGCGUACAACUGCACCAAACCCGGCGGAUGGGUCGAAUUCCAAGACUGGGAUCCCACCAUCUACUCCGACGACGGAUCCACCGCGGGUUCAACCAUCGAGAGAUACUACACUACAAUCUGCGACGCAUAUGAAAAGGCCGGAUACUGUGCCAAGCCAGGGCCCUCGCUGGAGCGGUGGUUUCGUCAGGCUGGGUUUGUCGACAUUCAAGUGACGAAAUACCGCAUUCCGCUGGGAUCUUGGCCGGAAGAUAGAUAUCAUCAAAAGCUCGGAACACGGAACUUGGUGCAGCUUGAAACAGGCGGUCUCGAGGCGAUGGCGACGGCAGUGCUAACACAACACGAAGGGUGGUCAGCCGAGCAAGUCAAUGACCUGAUCGCUCAGACGAACAGGGAUGCGAGGAACGAGCACAUCCACGGGCUUUUUGACUUGUACGUUGCCUCUUAUACUUAUACUACACAAGAGGGGAGAUCUGACAGGAUCAUCCAGCUACAUUGUUUAUGGACGAAAGUCAGAAUGACAGGGAUAAGACUGGCUGGAUUGCACUUGGGAAAGAAAGGAAUAUCGUGA